GUCAAAGCCCCGAACUAAUAAUAGCCAAGAAGUCGACUUAUAUCUUAACGAUGAUCCAAAUGAUGAGAUGAGAAAAUCAAUUAAGAAGACAGGCAGGAGUACCAUCCUGAAUGAUCAGAUUGAUGAAGGAGGGUAUCAAACUCUGAAAGGAAAAUAACCAUAAGGCCGAUCAUGAAAGAAAAGUAAUAAGCAACAGAAGGUACACAAAGAAUUCAAAAUGCUCAAUAGCAGACAUUACAUCUUCAAAUAUAAAGUUCCCUAUAAACAGGAAGCAGAAAAAUGAGAUGAUUCACAGAAUUUAUGAAACGAGGCUGACCAAUCAGUUGAAGGAUUGGUCCCUCUCAAGGCUCUGAAUAAGGCCAAACACUAACCUUAAGGUCAAGAGAAGCAAGCAAAAAUAAUCUCAAAUUUAAGCAGAGAUCUCCUGUUCCCAACCAAUUUGAUGUGAACAAAUCUGCAGUUGUGAUGAACAGACAUGAGCUAGAGCCAAAAGCUAGUGAUAUGAUUGUUAGACACAAUCGAAGAAAGAUGUGAAAGAUGAAGCUAAUCUUACAGCAGAAGUAUUGGCCAAAUAAUAAAAUCAUCAGGCCAAAUACUAAUUACAAACGUCAGAGUUUAUCUUGAAACAGACAAAAAUUUAUGGUUCAUAGAAAGAAAAAUAGAAAUUUCUUUAAGAAAACUCCAGUUAAAAAUUCUUCUUCAAGAGGACAAAGGAAGGUAGCUCCUAUGAGUGUCAGGAAUGUUAAUAAAAGCAGAGAGGAUAUUUCCAGUUCUAACCUUGCUACUAAACACUUCCAAUCGGAUAGAUCUUUAAAAGGCCCUCGUUCUUCUGUCAAUCAACAUCAGAUGAAGCAAAAGCUCGAUAAAUUUCAAAAUAAGUGAAAAUUUAAAAGUAGGAAAACAAAAAGAGUCAAAAAUAACUUUACACUAAUUGAUGAAGAAGAAAAGGAAGAAGAGAAAUCUGUAAAAGAAGUCUGUAAAAAUGCUGCAGAAUUACAAAACUCAAUCUUCUCUGAUGAAGUCAGAUCAAAAGUAGAAACCUCUAGAAAGGCUUCUCAGCUCAAAAAGGCUGAAACUGAGAAGCACAAUAACCUAAAGAAGGAGGAAAGUAAUGCUUAUUCGCGCCAAAACACAGAGGUUCCUGUCAGGACUGACUCUUCGAUAAUCUUUAAGACCACUAAGGGUCAUAUAAGUGUGAUGGAGUCCAAAGAUUCUCUGAAUGAGAAACCCUCAACUGCAAAUAUUUACCAAAGACUGUUUAGCAAGAAUUUCGAUAAAGAAUCUGACACAUUUGAGGAUGCAAGGAAAGAUCUUGACCUUAAGAGGACCAACACACAAGGAUCAGAACGAUACAUCAGGAAAAUUGAGAAGGAAAAGAAGAAGGUUGAAGAAUGGAAAAGAAGCCAAAGAAGACUCAAUACAAAUAAUAAAUAUAUUGAGACUUUGAAAAGCGAAAGGACCAGGCUGAAUGGCAAGACGCUCCCUCGGCCUGCUGAUGUCCGUGUACGACAAAAUUUCUCAUACCAUGAUAGUCUGACUAACAGAAUUUUACAGAGAGGGAAAUAGCAUUAAAGAAAGUUCUCAAGGAGGGACUAAGGAUUGAAAUUACUUCAACUUGGUCUAACAAAGCCUUCUGAUUUACCGAGCUAUAACUCGUUUUAUCAUUAAUCUCCGAAACCCCACUCCCUGUAACGCUGCUGAUGGCCUUCAAUGGCCUUGUUGUCUAAAAUAGUUGUUGAAAACACCAUUAAAAGUCUACAAUCUUCUAAAGUUAUUCAGUU